AUUACAUGCAUAUGUGGUUGGGAGGGUGUGAAAAACAAUCAGUGUGUAAAUAUGUAUAUAAAAGCGACAGUUAUUGGUGGGUAACUUAACAGUAACUUACCAGCGGUCGAACUAUACGCAAGUAUCACAGAAAUAAUUAAAAAUUAAUAAAUAUUAAACAACAAUAAAUAAGUAAUAAUAACAAUGAAAGCACGCACAACAAUAGCGCUCAUCGCCUUCGGCGUCUUGGCCGCGUUGGUCGCCACCAGCAUUGCCACCAACACCACUUGGGGUCAGCGUGGACGCUACGAUCGUCUGCUCUACCGCACACAGGUGGUCAAGAAGUCCGCCUUGUGGCGCGUAAUAUCGGUGGAUGUGGAAUUUCCCCGCAAGAACGCUUACAAUCCCUACUACAUCACCCAGGUGGUGGCUGUGGAUCACAAGCGCAAGGAUGGCGGCUAUGUGCAACUGCGCAAAGGUGGUCCCGGCUUUCGCAACGUAACCCUGCAUGUUAAAUCGGACCGCAACCAUGGCCUGAACUACACAGUUGAAGUGUUCGGCAAUUAAGCGAAUAUUGUGUUAAAUGAAAGACGGAAGAAAUUUGUUAAAUGGAAAGCGAACUUGUUUAUAAAAAUAAAAUGAGUGCCAACUGUUUAAACAACAACUAAAGAGCUGAAAGUAUAAAACAAUUCUGUGAUUAAUUAAAAGUUUACAAACACACACACACACCUGAGUUUUUAUGUAUGUGUAUAUGAGUUGAUUUGUUGUUGUACAUAUAUGAAAAUCACAUUUAACUAAACGGUGUUUAAUUUCGACAAUAAACAAAAGACUUCUUAGUUACACAUCUGGCCGAA